AUGACGGGAGAAAAUAAAGAAAUUCUACGUGAAAUUUGGGAAGGCAAAUUGCCAAUACGUUUUUUACUGGCUGACGAUGAAGUUAGCGCCUUGGAACAGCCGGAAUCUCUCUACUUACUUGUGCCAAGGAUGAGCUAUUUACCAUUAGUCACCGACAAAGUAUAUAAACACUUCAUCCGUGCCGUAAAUCAAGACUGUAUUGAGGAGAUGUGGUUUGAAUUUGAAGGUCAACCUCUUAAAUGGCAAUACCCCAUAGGAGCUUUAUUUGAUCUAUACUGGGGAAAUAAUGUACUACCUUGGAACUUAAUCGUCCAUUUUCAAAAAUUUCCAGCUGAUGAAAUUUUAAAGGGUGGUAAAGAAGCAGCUGAAUUCCAUUUUAUAUCAUGUAUAAAGGAGGCUGACUCACUAAAGCAUAAGUGCCACGUCAUUCAUGGCCUGCAAAAGAAAGAUCACAAACAACUUUGGCUUGGACUAUUAAAUGAUAAGUUUGAUCAAUUCUGGGGUGUAAACCGACGCUUAAUGGAGCGUGUUAAUGACGAAUCGUUUCGCUAUGUUCCUUUUCGAUUACACCAGGUCGAUAAGCCGUUCCUUCAAGAACUAGUACCUACUAUUAAAGAAGAUGGUUCUUGCGGAAAUUUUGGAGAUCUUUUAGAAAUAGCUUUACCAGAAGCAAUUGAUGAAGAGGGUAAAAUUAAAAAGGGAUAUCGGAUCAUCACCCAAGGUAUCGAAAUUCCGCAAAAUACUGACUUACAAUGGAUGAGUUAUCACUUAAGCUAUCCUGAUAACUUCUUACACGUAGCAGUUCUAACCGAUACAUAA